AUGUGGGAUAGUAAAUCGAGUGUUGCAACAUGUGUAUCUUGUUGUUUGGUUGGAGUUGUGUAUCAUCAAACACUUUUUGUGGCAAAUCUUAGAGAUUUGCGUGUUGUUCUUGGGAGAAAAUCGGUUAAUGGUGGAGGUGUUGUAAAUGCUGUUCGAUUAUCAACUGAACACAAUGCAAAUCUUAAGAGUGUUUCUAGGCUAAUUGGGGAUGUUUAUAUGAAACAUGCUAGAUAUAAUAAAGAACCAAUUGUUGCAAAAUUCAUACUUCCUGAACCAAUGGUGAUGUCAAUAAUGUCUGCUACUCCAACAAUUCUUUCACAUCCAAUUGAAGCCUAUGAUUCUUUUCUUAUAUUUGCUUUUGAUGGUUUAUGGGAACAUUUGACCAAUGAAGAAGCUGUUGACAUUGUUCAUCGUAGUCCACACCCUGGAAUUGCAAAGAGGCUAGUGAAAGUUGCUUUACAAGAAGCAGCUAAAAAACGAGAAAUGCGAUAUUGGGAUCUACAGGUCCACCCAAUGAUGGUAAUGUCUCUCUUCGAAGUGCUUCAUUAG